UACUUUGCUAUGUUCUAGGUUAGGUUUAAGCAUAAGAAGUGAAUACAGAAUAAUGUAAUUAGUUUUAGAUAAGAUAUGUAAUUGUAUUUGAAUUUCACCCGUUGUUGUACCAGUUUUAAAUCCUACAAAUUUUACUCAAGCCAGAUGUGUUUGUGUCUUAAUCUUCUGAUGUAUAUGUCAUGAUAUCUGUAACACAGGCUACUUUGCCAAUUUGUAUCAUUCCUCCUUAGGCCCUAUUUGUUAAUUUUGCAUUCAAUUAUUCCGUUGCCGGUGUCCCAUGUCAUUUAUUUUAAAUAUACUUAAGAAUAAUAUAGAUUAAUUGUGUUAAAGAUAUUUUCAUUGGCUAACAGCAAACCUAAGAAAAUAUGCAAGAAAGAUAUCAUAAUUGUAUGAAAAAGGUUGAGUAUGUUUUUACUUUUCCUAUGCGUACAAAAGAAAACAUGUACCGACUCAAUGUUCCCUUAGAAAUACCGUACACUGACUCAAUUUCUGAGCUGGUUCAAAGACUGGUGACUUCAUUUAAACUGCCAGCUUAUGUUGAAGAUGAAUUAGAGAAAUCCCUGAAGCUAUUCGUUGAGAAAGAAACUAUUGAAUUCCUUGAUGAACUGGCUGAAAAAGAGAUUGAAAAGUCAUUGUCAAAUGAAACUGAUGUUGAAGAUGUUAUUAAGUUCUGGGAGAAAAGUUUUAAAGAGAACACAGUUGAGUAUGGUGAAAAGUCUGGAGCUAACGACGCAGACGUGUUUUCUGCAGUUUAUCACAAACUGGUUCACUCACCUGCGUUAGAGACGAUUCUCGAGCAAGAACAUUCCUAUGCAAUAGCUGUAGCAGAAGUAAUUGCUGAAAGAGAUAAGCAAGUAGCUCAGCUCACAGAAAGACAGACCGAAGAAAUGUGCCGAGCUGUGGACGCUGUCAAUGUUACCAGCACUGAGGCGGAGAUUAACCAGCUGGCCGGGCGACACAUGGAACAGCAGAGUCUUAUGCACGCACAGUGGAAUAGUCAGGUGGACGCCAUCAAAGAAUCGCAGCGAAGACAUUAUCGUCAAUGGCUGAUGGAUAAGCAGACGUCAGCCACUACACCAAUCAACUCACCUCCGUCAGUGACUGCUGACCGAACGUUCAGUGAAUUGAUCUCCGACGCUCACCACCCUGUCAUGCAAGAGAGCUUCACCAUUCACCUCGGCUCUCAGAUGAAACAGAUGCACAACAUACGACUGCUCUGCACGGACGUCCUUGACUUUUGUCAGCUGCGGAGGAACACUGCUGGAACACAGCCGCAGAGACUUCAGACUGCUUUGGCCCUCUACUCCAACGACCUUUGUGGACUCGUGCUGCUCUCCGACACUCACCUUGGCAGCUACUCCGCCUCUGGAGUCUCUAAAGAUUUUGUAAACGUCUGUCAGGGCAGUACAGAGUUCCACUUCAGCAAUGUGGAUGACCAGAUAGAAAAGGUGAAGGAGGCGGUGAAGGAAGGCGUGGCUUGGCGGAAGAACUACAUGGCGAGAGAAUCCACGCAACAUCUGCUGACACUAACAUCAUCCGAGCAGCAGUCGAGGAGGAGCAGCACCAAGAACCUCCAGACGGGAGAUGUCUACCUCACCCAUCACUCUAACCUGGCAGAGGUCCACGUGGUGUUUCACAUGAUAGUGGACGACUCUCUCCGAUCUAGUGAUAUAAACUCGAGACACCCAGCUAUCCUUGGACUUCGCAACAUCCUCAAGACAGCCUGUUCCUGUGACAUCACCACUCUCACCGUGCCUGUGCUGCUGACCCAUGAAAUGACUGAGGAAAUGACAGUGGCGUGGUGCAACAAACGAGCAGAACUUGUGUUCAAGUGUGUGAAAGGCUUCAUGAUAGAAAUGGCGUCCUGGGGUGGAUCUGAUUUGAAAAAUCUACAGUUUUUGGUUCCUAAGGGUAUUUCGGAGGACGUUUUUGCUAGCCUCGCUGCUAUGUUGCCAAGCAUUUUCCGUGUUUCGAAUCCACUUGUUUUCAAAAUGUCACCACCAGCUCUACAAUCCAACACAAAACAGGAUAAAAAAGAUAAAAAUAACAAAAACAAUAAAUAAAAUAAGUGUAUGAUAAUGUAACUAUGUAAAAUAGUCAUGAUUGUUUGAUUGAAAAGUGUUACUGACAGUUCACGUUUGAAGUGCCAAAAAUAUAAAAAAAUAUAAACAUUGGCUUCUUAUGACAUAAUUUAAUCGGACAUAACAAGAAUAUGUGAUCAAAAGUCACCACGAGUCGAAUUGGCUGAUGAUGGUUUAUAUGAAAUUGUUAUUUGUUAACAUUUAUUUGAUAAUAGUAGUUUACGCAACGAUUGCGUUAAGUGAGUCUUUACGACACGAGUAGAAAAUUUAAGGCACGAGCCUUGGCGAGUGCCUUAAAAACUUCUACGAGUGUCGUAAAGACUAUUAACGCGAGUUGCGUACACUACUUUACCUACGACCGUUUUUUAAUUACUAUCAAUCUGGAUUUAAUUACUAACAAUCACUAAUGAUAACUUUUUAGAGAGGUUAUGUUUUCGUGUAUUGUCAUUGCCACUGAAAGUGAUGCAACAACUUGUUGUAUAAUCAGCUGAUUUCCUGUAAUUACGUGUUUGUUAAACUUCGUUAAAUAUUACAUUGCUAGCAGCAUUCUUACCAUAAAUAAUAUUGUAUCAGGUACAUUUCGGCAAAUAUUUCAUUUAUUUUUGGACUUCCACCAACUUAAUUAAGAAUACGCGAGUAUCAACAUGAACAAGUCGGAUCAACAAUUAAAUUGGUCAACUGAUCAGCUGAUCAGCUGAUUAGUUGACGUUCGAAGCAUUACAAUUUUAAUUCUUUUCUCUCAAUACUUGAACCUCAUUGGUCCGUUACCUGUGUGGAUAUGAGAAAACUAUGCGGAUAUGAAAUGAAACUAUGCGGAUAUGAAAGUAAACAGCUGUAAAGUGAAACUUUUCAAUUCUAAGAACUGGACUGAAAUGGCUACUUUAAAAAACGGUCGUAGGUAAACAUAAUUUUUAAUUUUUCUCGUUACAGAAAAUUUAUGUUAUUAUUGAAAUAUCAUCGUUUGAGGAAGUAAUAAAUACAUAUUUGACUGGUUUAAAUAUAAAUUAAGUUAUACUUCUUUAUAAGCUUUGAGUAAUAGUGAAAAUUUGUUGAAUUUAGAGUAUACAUAACAUUAUUCAGUACCGGAAGUUAAGGUUAUGCCAAUCAACAGAUCAACUGUUAUUUGAAUUAAUCAACUCUCAGAAGUCGACUAAUUCUAAACCGUCAAACUUCGUCAACCGUACAACAAAGAACCAUUUGAAGAUGGGUAAUAUUGAGAGUAUUUCAAAGAAAGUCGUGGAAAAGUUGAAGAAAUACUUAUUGAAUUUCAAGGAAAAACUUUAACUGUGCUGUCAGACAACAUCUAAUAAUGGUUUCGAUUGAGGCCAACUUCUUAGAAAAACGUUUUAAUUGAACAUCUGGAUAAAAGUUCAUUUUAUUUAUACUUUUAAAAAGAAAUAUAUUUUCAUUUAAAUAAUCUAUUUUAGUUGUAUUGUUAGAAAAUACUAUGUUGUAAUUGAUAGUUCAAGUCCUUCUGUAAAUAUUAUUUUUUAUUUUCAAUAGGCUAUUCAACCAAACUAAACACAAUAAAUAGCUUCUGGUAGUAUACUGAGAUUUGUUAACUUACAGAAAGUUACCUGUUUGCUGUGUAAUUUAAAAAAUUGCAUUCUGUUUUUUAUCUCUUUUCAAAUGUUUAAUUAGUUUAAAAUUUAAUGUAUCAUAGCCUAGUUAAAUUGCAUUAUUAUUGUACUGUGUGAAACAUAGCUUAAUUUAAUAUUUAUUGUUAUUGAUUAACUUAUGUAUUAUUUUUAUAUCUACAGUAGAACCUCUUUAAUCCGAACCCCUGUAAUCCGAACGUCCACUAAUCCGAACCCCUCAUUGCUGUACUCUAUACACAGUACAGCAGUUCUUUAUUGUAUACUGUAUUUAAUUUACAGUACUGUUUAUUCACCAUGUUUACUA